CUGUUAACAAAACUCUCAAUCACCGUUAUUGUUCGCAAAAGUUCAUUUGAUCAUGACAUUUGGUGACGCUUCACGUCGCUAAAUACAGUUUAUUUAUUGAGUAACAUCGAUGCAAAAAUUUGUAAACGUACAUUUUGUCAUGUGUCAUGUCUGUUAUCAUGUGUGAUGUCUUCUACUUCAGUACUAGUAUCUCUGUGCGUAAUACGCAUUGAAAUUGAUGAUCCACAGUCGUUAGAAAAUUCGGGUGCAAUGGCUGCUAGAAAAAUGCGAGGACGUCGAGAACCCAAAGAUGUUACAGUUGAGAGCUAUGCCAGUGUCACCGAAAGGCCAAAUCCACUUUUUCCAUCUCGUGGACCCGAAAAAUCCAAUUCUUCAACAAGAGUACAUUCUGAAGAAACUCAUAGUUCUAAUUCUGCACUCAAUGCUGGUCCUGGAGAAAGUGACGGAGCUACUGCACGUUCUUCACCACCUGAUCAGAUUAAUUUUUUUUCCGGUAACCCAUUCGUCGAAGUCACUAAAGGAAUCCUACAUCUAUUCAAAGAAGAUGAGUUGAUAGAAAUGCAUCUAGCAGCCGAACGAAGCCACUGUAUUUGUAUAUUAUCUGUGCCUGCAACAAUGACAUGCCAUGAUCUACUAAUAUUUACUGCUGCAUGUCAUCAAGACAUUCAGCACUUUCGUAUUAUUAGGGAUGGUAGUCCCAACCAAUAUAUGGCAUUGAUGACCUUUAGAUCAGCUAUAGCAGCCAGUGAGUUUUAUGAGACAUUCAAUGGUGCUCCGUACAAUUCCUUGGAACUAGACGUCGUCUGUCAUAUGGUCUUUGUAUCAAAGGUGGAAAUAGAAGAUGGCGGGUUUCCAGUCGCAGGCCAUACUGAGGUUCCAUCUUGCCCAGUAUGCUUAGAGAGGAUGGAUGAAAGUGUUGACGGGAUUUUGACAAUUUUAUGCAACCAUGCUUUUCACUCUAGUUGCUUAGUUAAAUGGGGUGAUACUUCCUGCCCUGUAUGUCGUCAUGCUCAAACACCUGAACCCCUAGCUGAUAGUCACUGUAUGGAAUGUGGUAGUUCAAUUACAGGUGCCAGCAGCGAUGCUCUUUGGAUCUGCUUGAUAUGCGGCUACAUAGGUUGCUCCAGAUACCACCAAGGGCAUGCCUUUGAACACUACCGAGACACCCAUCAUUGUUACGCAAUGCAACUAGGGAACAAUCGAGUCUGGGAUUAUGUCGGGGAUAAUUUUGUUCACCGAUUGCUCCAAGAUAAGGAUGGUAAAAUGGUAGAAGGCAGCCGUGAGGGUGCUAAAAGUGGGGAAGCAGCUGUAGACGAGAAAGUUGACGCUGUCCAACUGGAAUUUACGUAUCUUCUCACCUCUCAGUUAGAAAGUCAGCGACAAUAUUUUGAAGAAAAGCUUGGCCGAUUAGAACAACGUACGGUCUCCGAGAAUACAGAAUUACGUCAGAAACUUGGUCAAAUUUCUGAAGAAAACAGCAAAUUCAAGGCGGAGCUGAAUGACCUCAUUCGCGAGAAACACUCUCUGGAAAAAAGGUUGCAGCAUUCCAGUGCUAAACUGAACCAGACUGUUUCAGAGCUAUCCGAAGAAAGACAGCUAAGUGCAGCGCUUCAGACGAAUUUAGCAUCAUGGCAAGCAAAGCACAAACAAUUACAGCAAGAGUUCGGCGAAUACAAGGGAGCAACUGAAUCUGAAAUGACAGAUCUGCGGGAACAGCUCAGAGAUGUCAUGUUCUUUUUAGAGGCACAAAAAGAGAUAGAAAACUCAGCGAAUAGAGAAGAGAUCGCUGCAGGACGUAUAAUAAUAGGACAGACUUCAACCGCUUCAACACCAACCACAACUACUCGAGCCCAGCGUAAGCACCAAAGGAAACAUUAGUCUGGUACUAAUCUAUAGCGGCACUGCUACUAAAAGUAAUCGAAUUUUUGCAGCAGGUGAAUUCUCGAAAAAAAUUUUCAUGUGCUUAAUUUUGGUUCUGGAAUAUCAAUUAAUGCCUUUUCAUAUUUCUCACGUGACAAAAAUUAUACCUUCGACGUUAUACUAUGAGAAAAAAAAUAUUUAUAAUUGUGUAUAGAGCAAAUAACUAAUCAGAGCAGGAAGUGAGAGACAGAAUUAUACAUAUGUAAAUUUAGAUUUUUUCGUGUAAAGCUGUAACAAUCAACUGAUAGAUACUUGAAGAUCAUUACUAUUUUCUUACAUUCGACGCAAUAUAAUCACUGUAAUUAAAAUGAACCCCACACUUCGCUGCAUAGACUGUAUACCUAAUAAAUAAAUUAUUUCUUUUGUAGAACAAUGCUAAAAUUA